CCCAAGCUGAAAGUGUUUGGGGAGAUCAGGCACUGCUGUCUGGAUGCUCCUUUCUCUCGGUGGCCAUCAUGUCUUUGACCUCUGCCUACCAGCAUAAACUAGCAGAGAAGCUCACCAUCCUAAAUGAUCGAGGUCAGGGCGUUCUCAUCCGAAUGUAUAACAUCAAAAAGACUUGUUCGGACCCCAAAUCCAAGCCUCCUUUCUUACUGGAGAAGUCCAUGGAAUCAUCUCUCAAGUUCAUCAACAAGAAAUUUCCCAACAUAGAUAUCCGAAACAGCACGCAACAUUUAGGACCAGUACAUCGGGAAAAAUCUGAGAUAAUUAGAUUCCUCACCAAUUACUACCAGUCAUUUGUGGAUGUCAUGGAAUUUCGGGAUCACGUAUAUGAACUUCUCAACACCAUUGAUGCCUGCCAGUGCCAUUUUGAUAUCAAUCUCAACUUUGACUUUACUCGGAGUUACCUGGACUUGAUAGUGACUUACACCUCAGUUAUUUUACUUCUGUCACGGAUUGAAGACCGACGGAUACUCAUUGGCAUGUACAAUUGUGCACUUGAGAUGCUGCACGGACAUGGUGACCCCAGUUUUGCCCGUCUGGGACAGAUGGUCUUGGAGUAUGACCACCCUCUGAAGAAGCUGACAGAGGAGUUUGGGCCUCACACAAAGGCUGUGAGUGGAGCUCUCCUCUCUUUGCAUUUCCUCUUUGUCCGAAGGAACCAGGGAGCUGAGCAGUGGCGCAGUGCCCAGCUUCUAAGUCUCAUCAGCACCCCCGCAGCCAUGAUUAACCCUGCUGGCUCAGACACGAUGGCCUGUGAGUACCUGUCUGUGGAAGUGAUGGAGCGCUGGAUUAUCAUUGGGUUUCUUCUUUGUCAUGGGUGCCUCAACUCCAAUAGCCAGUGCCAGAAGCUGUGGAAGCUGUGUCUGCAGGGCUCCCUGUACAUCACCCUCAUCCGGGAGGAUGUGCUGCAGGUGCACAAGGUCACCGAGGACCUGUUCAGCAGUUUGAAAGGGUAUGGCAAGCGAGUGGCCGACAUAAAGGAGAGCAAGGAACACGCGAUCGCGAACAGUGGCCAGUUUCAUUCUCAACGACGCCAGUUUCUGAGGGUGGCUGUGAAAGAGCUGGAAUCUGUGUUGACUGAUGAGCCAGGACUGCUGGGUCCCAAGGCCCUUUUUGCUUUCAUGGCCCUGUCCUUCAUUCGUGAUGAGGUCACUUGGCUGGUUCGCCACACAGAAAAUGUCACCAAGACAAAGACACCAGAGGACUAUGCUGACUCGAGCAUUGCAGAACUGCUUUUCUUGUUGGAAGAGAUUCGGGCUCUGGUCCGAAGACACAUCAAGGUGAUACAGCAAUACCACCUUCAGUACCUGGCCAGAUUUGAUGCUCUUGUGCUCAGUGACAUCAUUCAAAACCUGUCUGUGUGUCCUGAGGAGGAGUCCAUCAUAAUGUCCUCAUUCGUCAGUACUCUCUCCUCUCUAAAUCCCAAACAAGUUGAUAAUGGAGAGAAAUUUGAAUUUUCUGGACUGAGGCUGGACUGGUUCCGUCUACAGGCAUACACCAGUGUGGCUAAGGCUCCCCUGCAUCUGCACGAGAACCCUGACUUAGCCAAGGUGAUGAACCUCAUUGUCUUUCACUCCCGGAUGCUGGACUCAGUGGAGAACAUGCUGGUGGAAACUUCUGACUUAUCGAUUUUCUGCUUUCAUCUCCGUACCUUUGAGAAGAUGUUUGCUAUGACCCUGGAGGAACCUGCCAUGUUGCGUUAUGCCAUUGCCUUCCCCCUGAUCUGUGCUCAUUUUGUCCAGUGCACUCAUGAGAUGUGCCCAGAGGAGUACCCCCACCUGAAGAACCAUGGCCUUCAUCACUGCAACUCCUUCCUGGAAGAGUUGGCCAAGCAGACAGGCAACUGUGUCCUGGAGAUCUGUGCUGAACAGCGAAACCUGAGCGAGCAGCUUCUUCCUAAGCACUGUGCCACUACCAUCAGCAAGGCCAAGAACAAGAAAACCAUGAAGCAGAGGCAGACUCCCAGAAAAGGAGAGCCUGAGAGAGACAAGCCAGGAGCUGAGAGUCACCGGAAGAACCGCAGCAUUGUCACCAACAUGGACAAGCUGCACCUAAACUUGACGGAAUUGGCACUGACAAUGAAUCACGUCCACAGCUUCUCUGUAUUUGAACACACCAUCUUCCCUUCUGAGUAUCUCAGCAGCCAUCUGGAGGCCAGACUCAACAGAGCCAUUGUGUGGCUGGCUGGCUACAAUGCCACGACCCAGGAGAUCGCAAGGCCUUCCGAGCUGUUGGCAGGAGUCAAAGCAUACAUCGGUUUCAUACAGUCACUGGCGCAAUUUUUAGGUGCAGAUGUGUCCAGAGUCAUCCGGAAUGCUCUCCUGCAGCAGACACAGCCACUGGACUCGUGUGGGGAACAGACUAUCACCACUCUCUACACAAAUUGGUACCUAGAAAGUCUGCUUAGACAGGCGAGCAGUGGGACUAUCAUCCUCUCCCCAGCCAUGCAGGCCUUCGUCAGCCUCCCCAGAGAAGGGGAGCAGAACUUCAGUGCAGAAGAAUUCUCUGACAUCUCUGCUAUCGCGCAGAUGCGCCGCUGCCCUCCGAGUCCCGCCUGGCACUGCUGUGACUCUAUUCCAGAGAUGCGGGCCUUGGCUGAACUUUUGGGCCCCUACGGCAUGAAGUUCCUGAGUGAAAACCUGAUGUGGCAUGUGACCUCUCAGAUUGUGGAGCUGAAGAAGCUGGUGGUGGAAAACAUGGAUAUACUUGUUCAGAUCAGAUCCAACUUCAGCAAGGCGGACUUGAUGGCUUCUCUGCUGCCCCAACUGAUGGGGGCCGAAAAUGUGCUGAAGCGCAUGACCAUCAUUGGAGUUAUCCUCACUUUCAGGGCCAUGGCCCAGGAGGGACUUCGGGAGGUUUUCUCCUCCCACUGCCCAUUUCUUAUGGGUCCCAUCGAGUGCCUGAAGGAGUUUGUCACUCCAGACACAGAUAUCAAGGUGACCCUGAGUGUCUUUGAGCUGGCAUCUGCUGCAGGGGUGGGCUGUGACAUUGACCCAGCCCUGGUGGCCGCCAUUGCCAAUCUGAAGACUGAUUCGUCAUCCUCUGAGGAAGAAUAUAAGGUGGCCUGCCUGCUCUUGAUCUUUCUCGCCGUUUCCCUGCCCCUCCUUGCCACGGACCCUUCCUCCUUCUAUAGCAUUGAGAAGGAUGGUUACAGCAACAAUAUUCAUUGCUUGACCAAAGCCAUCAUCCAGGUGCCUGCUGCCCUCUUCACGGUCUACAACAAGAACGUUGAAACGCACCUCAAGGAAUUUCUGGUGGUGGCUUCUGUCAGCCUCCUACAGCUGGGCCAGGAGACUGACAAGCUUAAAACCAGAAAUCGGGAAUCCAUUUCUCUGCUCAUGCGCUUGGUGGUGGAGGAGUCCUCCUUCCUGACCCUGGACAUGCUGGAGUCCUGUUUCCCUUAUGUCCUGCUUCGAAAUGCCUACCGGGAGGUGUCCCGGGCCUUCCACCUGAACCGAGUGCCGGCCAGUACCCACUGAAGGGCCCUUCGGACCUACCUAAACCCGUGCCAUCCUGGAAGCUGUGGCCGUUUUCUCAAGGGGUGGGAAUGGGGUGGGGUCUCUAGGGAGAGGAUCAGCCAGAGCUGGUGAAGGGGGAUGUGAAGGGGCAGCCCAGGGCUGAGAAAUCAUAGAGAAGUGGGGCUGGCUGAGGGGACGGAGGACUUUUUUAUGGAACAAAGUUAGGGGAUUGGGGCCACAUGUGUGAAUUUUUACAAUGAAAGAAAUGUAACAUACAA